AUGGACGGCUGGGAUAGCACGACCAAAUCUACAGUUCAGAAGAUCCCGCUUCUGGCCGGAAGCAGGCCCACGAGACGAGCAAUAGAAGCCGGGACUCAAGGAGGAAUUUCAGUAUGUGAAGAUGAACAAGGCGGAGGACAAGACAAGGACUGGCUCCAGCUGUCAUGUGUUUCCCUCCCAGGCUUCAAUCGAGUCCUCGCCUGCCUGCGUGUGCAUCCCUCCUUCCGAGUCGUCCACUCCUCCGCGGCCCCCCACGUGCGCUUCACGUCCAUCAAGGGUACCGAGGAGGUAGUUAAGCCAUAUGUGCAGGAGCUCUGGCUGAGGGGCGACGUCAGGCCCAACGGAGAAUGGUCAUUGGUGGAUCCGGGCACAGGCCGCACUGUGGUCAACCGAUUCAAACCGAGUCAAGUGCAGGCGUGCUUCAUCUACUGGGGCAGCGGGUUCUGCAACCUGGAGCUGGUUUCUGAGGAGAGACCUGUCUCGGUUGAAACGCCCCUCAGGAUCGACCACUCGUACAGCCGAGUGAUGUGCCCCGUCAUCACCGCAAAAAGAACGCCGAAAGGCCUCCGUCCUUCGCGCCGUUUCUUGCGGGAGAGCCAGCCGCAACCUAGUAGUGGCGCGCGAACACCUGGUAACCGUCGCCAGAUGCAAGAAUCUUCGUAUGAUUUUGGUGAUUGGUUCGGCGACAGUGGGGAUUGGUCGAGCGACUGGUCAAGCGGCGACUGGUUCAGCGACGGUAGCGACUGGUCUGAUUGGUCCGACGACUGGUCGAGCGAUUGGGGUGACGACGUCUGGGACAGCGGCGACUUUGGUGGUUGGGACGACGGCGGCGGUUGGGACGACGGUAACUCUGACGACGGUUGGGACGACGGUAGCUCUGGCGGCGGCGGUUGGGACGACGGUAGCUCUGACGGCGGCGGUUGGGACGACGGUAACUCUGACGGCGGCGGUUGGGACGACGGUAACUCUGAAGGCGGCGGUUGGGACGACGGUAGCUCUGGUGACGGCGGCUGGGACGACGGUAGCUCUGGCGGCGGCGGUAGGGACGACGGUAACUCUGACGGAGGCGGUAGCUGGGACGACGGAGGAAACUCGGACGGGGGAAGCACUGGCGGAAUCGGCGACAGCGGGGGGAACGGCGGAAGCGGCGACAGCGCGGGGAACGGCGGAAGCGGCGGAAGCGACGGGAGCAGCGGCGGAAACGGCGGAAGCAGCGGGGGCGGGGGCACGGUGGACGCUGGGGCGAUGCUGGCGGAGCACAACGCCGCGCGCGCGGACCUGCGCCUCUCCGCGCUGGGCUGGGACGCGAAUCUUGCGACCUCCGCGCAGGCAUGGGCGGACAACCUAGCUUCGCGCGGAUGCCCGCUAGAGCACGGGGGACACGACAACAUGGGGCAGAACUUAUACUGGAAGUCGCCUGCUGCUUUUAACGCGGAUGAGGACCGUGGUGCGGUGAAAAGCUGGGUGGAUGAGAAGCAGUACUGGACGUAUAGCGCGAUUCCGGGAGGGUGCGUGGAGGGACAGCAGUGCUUGCAUUAUACGCAGAUUGUUUGGGAGGAUACUAAGAAUGUGGGGUGCGCUGCGGCUCAGUGCAGUGACGGGGCUGGGAUGUGGGUGUGUCAUUACUAUCCGCAGGGGAACUGGCAGGGGGAGUACCCGUACACUACCUAA